AUGGAAAAUUUCAUAGAAGCUGUUAACAAAUUCGAAUGGGCCCUGAUAUUGAAUAUUCCUGUACAGGAUGUUUCCGUGAAGCUUGAACAAGACGCGUUUGAUACUGAUUUGGCAUCAACAGUUAUUAACAGUCAGUACAAACAAAGCUUAACCUGCAAGAUUGCGCGAGAAAUUCUUGGAAUAGAAUUGCCUAACGACGAUCAAGAUAUAAAAGCCUUUGUGGAAACAUUACAUAUUAGUUCGUAUAUUUCUACUAGAAUAAAAAGGUAUCUUUCAUUUGAUCCCAAUUCUUCUCAAGAACUAAUUAAGAAACAACAAAUCAUCAAGCAGCUACAUUUACUGAGUGUUGCAGUGGCUUCCUUAAAUGCUUUUGUACAAACUUGUUGGACUGGUCCAGUUUUUGAUCUAGAACCUCAAGAUAUCCUUCCUGCAGUUAUAAAAGAACAGCUCAAUGUCACCGAAUUUAAUAAGAAAAUUCAUGAAAUUUUAUCAGUUGAUGGAGAAGACUAUCUGCAAUCUUUAAACGAUGCACUUCCGAGUUUAAUUCCAGAAGAAAAGACAACCGAAAUAUACGCUCGGUUUUAUUUAGAAUACGGAAUUAUAAAUCAUUACUAUGGGCAUGAUUCCUUAGCCAAAGAACACUUUGUAAAAGCUCAAGAAUUAAGUGGUUUUAAAUGGACACUUACAGGAAUGUUAGGAAAACGGACAAAAUUUCAAACUUUUGACGUAUCUCAAUUAUUAAUUAUUGCAAACAGUCAAAAUGAUGUAAAAUUUAAAAAAGAGAAUGAUUCAGAAGAUUCAGUAAUAAAAAAUGUUCCAAACGCUAUAUCACUUGACGAUGACACACUUUUAGAGAAAAUUGAAGUUUCAGAAACAACAGAUGAUAGCAGUGAAUUAAAUCCAAAAAGCAAUCUCAAAAUAAUUGAUCAAUGUUUGCUGCUCGCUUUUUGUUUGAAUGUAAAAAAUACGAACCCAUCGCAUGGCAUAACCACCGAACAAAUGGUACCUUUUGUAUCAAGAGUACUUGAAAAUCCAAACAACUGGAUGGUCUAUACAAUGGCACUUCUGCUCAGAUCACGCCUUGAAAAAGAAAAGUCGCGGACCGUAGAACGAUCAGUUCUUCAACUUCAAGCGCUCGUUGAUCAAUUUCCCUUAGAAUUAUCUAGCGCAAAAGAACGUUUGGAUUACUUUUAUCAGAUUCUUUUGCCAUCGAAAUGGGAAAUGGAAAAAGAACUUGCCUUGCAAUACUUAUCUUUGGGGGUAGUUCGAUCUGCCUUACAGAUAUUUGAACGCCUUGAAAUGUGGGAAGACAUUAUAAACUGCUAUAUAAUACUUGAAAAAGAGUUUAAAGCUAAAGAGAUUAUUCUUGAACGCCUGAAUGUUACGCCAAAUUCUCCAAAACUUUAUUGCCUUUUAGGUGAUGUUGAAAAGAAUCCAGAACGCUGGGAGCAUGCAUGGAACAUAUCAGGUAAUCAUUAUGGACGUGCUAUGAGAUCUCUCGGUGCAUACUGGUUUAAACAAAAGGAAUAUCGGAAAUCAAUUGAAUGUUAUGCAAAAGCUCUCAAUGUAAAUCCAAUCUUUGAAAAAGCUUGGUUUGUUAAAGGUUGUGCAGCAAUGCAUGUGGAAGAGUGGGAUGUUGCACAGCAAGCUUUUUUUAGAACGAUUUCUCUUGAUCCUGAAAACUCUGAAGCAUGGAACAAUCUUGCAUCAGUUUUCCUUAAACAAGGCCGCAAGUCAGAUGCGUUUAACGCUUUUCAACAAGGUUUAAAACAAAAAUAUGAUAGCUGGAGAAUUUGGACAAAUUACAUGUAUACAGCCGUUGAUAUAGGAGAAUUUGCCGAAACAAUUCGCGCCAUGCAACGCGUAGUGGAUUUGAGAUGGGAAAAGGAAAAAGAAUCAUGUAUUGACUUGGAUGUUCUCGAGAUUCUUGUAAAUGCUGUUACUCAAGGAAUUCAAGAUGCUAAUAAAAACAGCGCGUCUAAAUUAGCGCCACGACUCGAACAUUUAUUGACAGUAACUAUUACUUCGCGAAUGACGUCACACCCACAAAUAUGGCGACUUUGCGCACAAUUUUGGUUUUGGAAAAAAGAAUACGAAAAAGCCCUCGAGUCUCAUUUGAAAGCAUAUCGGUGUAUUUUACAUAAUCCAAGACUAGAAACUUCGGAAGAUAUAUUUAAACAAGUCGCAACUACAGCAUUAGAAGUUGUAGAGGCCUACCAAAACCUUGGUGAUUUAAAAAUUAGUCAUAACGACAAAGAAGUGUCAUCAGAAGACUCAAAAACGGAAAUAUCGGCUGCAGUAGUAUGUAAAGAUUGGAAAUAUCAAGCCAAAAGUUUAUUAACAAGUUUAAUAGGCAAGACAAGGAAUUUUGAAGGAACGGAAAUGCAUGAUAAAUUAAAAGAAACAUUAAAAGAAUUAAAGAGUUUAUAG